AUGCCGGAAAUGGAGAGCCAUAUAGACACCGUUGCAGGUGCAAAAUACAUCACGGUCUGUGACAUUCAGUCAGCUUUCCAUCAGUUGCCUAUCAACGAUAGACACGAGCAAGACAAAACAGCCUUCGUAACUCGGAAUGGGAAAUGGGUUUUCAAACGUCUUCCCUUCGGGAUCGCAAACGCACCAUUUCUCUUCCAGCGAACCAUGGCUCUAGCUUUUGCUCAUUUCGGACCAAAGUCAGGACUUCUCGUAUACAUGGAUGACCUAAUCUGUUGUUCAUCAACGUGGGAAGGACACCUAACUUUGUUGGAGAACACUUUCAAGGCCUUACAAGCAGCAGGGCUCACCUUGAAACCCUCCAAGGUACAAUUCGGUCCAAAAGAGGUCAAAUACCUAGGACACAUCCUAUCUUCCGAUGGGAUCCGCCUAGGAGACGAUCGGAUCCAAGCCAUCCUCGAUCUACCAACGCCGACAAAUAUCAAAGAACUACGGUCAGUGCUGGGCAUGGUCAAUUACGUACGCAAAUUCAUCCCUGAUCUAGCUACGACCAUCGCCCCUAUGGUUGAUCUAACAAAGAAAGAAUCACUCAAGUCAAUCGCGAAACUCUGGGGUCCCGAACACGAUGCAGCAUUCGCUAAAGUGAAGAAACUACUCACGGAAGCACCUGUCCUGCACUUCCCGGAUUUUUCCAAAGAGUUUGUGAUUCAUGUCGACGCGUCUGAAACGGGAGCGGGAGCAUUCCUAGCCCAACGUAACGGCGAUGAUUUAAACAUCAUCGCAUACUUCAGCCAGCGCUUUAACAAAAGCCAACGACACUAUUCCGCAACCAUGAAAGAAUGCUAUGCUGUAGUGUUGGCAAUCCAACAUUGGAGGCCAUAUCUAUGGGGUAGACACUUCACAUGCGUCACUGACCACGCGGCGUUACGAUACCUCUACACGAUGCAAGACACUUCGAAUAUGCUCACACGCUGGGCAAUUGCUCUGCAAUCAUUCGACUUCAGCGUUCAGCAUAAACCGGGGAAACUCAAUGUAGUACCCGACACGCUAUCGCGUCUGUUCGUUUUCGAGAAAGAUCAAGAACGGAACACACCGACGCUAGCACCGAUUUGUCGCAACGUACCAGAUGACCCGAAACUUCAAACGGCAGUACCCACCAGACCGUACCAACUAGACGCUGAUCAACUACACAACGUUCGACCUGUCCACAGCGACCGGGAGUUGUUCACUGUAAGCGCAACCGAGGUGUUUCAAUCUGUCAAUCACGACAAGCUCCGUGAGAAACAGAUGGACGAAUACGGAGAUUACAUCAAAUACAUCCUCCAUGAAAACGCACCUCUACCAGACAGGGAAACAGAAACGACCAUGUCAUACUACUCAAUACAGGAUGGAUUACUGUUUAAGUCGUACUUGCCUGGACACCUCCGCAAACGUAGCACGUUCAGUGAUCAGCUGGAAAACACCCCACCGCCGUCCGAAACUCCCGACGGGUCACGUACCUGUCCAGCGACCGUUUGA